AUCCCAACGUGACAACUAACGUGAUCGUGACAAGCAAACUACUCGGUAUGAUUACGACCUAGGCCUGAGAAAUAAUGUUUCUUAAAGGACUAGUUUAUGUUGUAUUGGCUCUGCUGGGAAAUGGAGCGAAAACUGAAACUUUCAGAGGACAUUCAGUUGUAGACGCAAACAAAGUUAUUGGUCCAUUGGAGCACUUCUGGGAGAGCACGGGCUUCUGUCCACCAGACCCUCAUCAAGACUUCUAUAAGUUCUUCUUUGCAAAUGACGAGCUCCAGAACUUGGCAUAUGUUGGAUCUGUACCGAAUAGUGGUAUAAAGCAAGUGCGAAUUCACUGGCUGCUAGACCUGGUUUCCAUGAAGCUGGAAAAUGAUAAAUUUGUCUAUAAUUUCACAUUUCUUGACAAGGCAAUACAGCUGCUUAUUGAUAAUGACUUGAAACCUGGCUUUGAACUGAUGGGAAAUCCAUCAAAUUUCUUUUCAGAUUUCGAUGAUAUUGUACAAGUCUAUGCAUGGAAAAACCUCAUAGAAAGUUUGGGUAAACAUCUUAUGGAGGUAUUUGGGUUAGAGGAAAUUUCUCACUGGAACUUUGAGUCAUGGAAUGAACCAGAGAAUAAACACCAUUUUGAUGGUCUUCAUGUCUCCACUAAAGGAUACCUCAUGUAUUAUGAUGCUUGUUCUGAAGGACUUAAGAUGGCCCAUCCAUCUUUACGACUAGGAGGGCCUGCCACAGGGUCCCCAGACACACACCCAAUAUUUUGGUCUCUACUACAACACUGCAACAAUGGUACUAACUUUUUUACUGGGCAAAGAGGAGUUAGACUAGAUUUUAUUUCUUUUCACAUCAAAGGGCAAGGACACUCUUUAACUAUUUUACAUAAUGAAACAGUGGUCCUUGAGAAAAUUGCUAGACUGAUUCCAAAAUACAUAACCACACCAAUAUACAAUGAUGAAGGUGACCCUUUGGUUGGUUGGAAUUUAGCUGAAGAGUGGAGGGCAGAUGCAACAUAUGCUGCAAUUGUUGUCAAGAUUCUGGUGCAACAUCAGGACUGGUUGUUAAAGAGUAAUUUCAGCAUCAGGUAUAACCUUCUUAGCAAUGAUAAUGGAUUUAUCAGUUAUCCACCAGUCCACUUCCGUCAACGCACACUAUUGGCAAGAUUUCAAAUGAAUCAUUCUCAUCCACGGAAGGUUGAAUUCGUCAAGAAACCAAUUCUUAGUGUUAUGGGGUUGUUAGCAUUGCUAGGAAAUCAGCAAAUCAAAGUUUCUUCUUUUGGAGAAAAUGAAGACUGUGGAAUAGUAGCCAGUAUUUUGAGGCCUCAAAGACACUGCAAUACCAAUGAUUGGGAACUGGCAGCUGUGUUUUACAACAGCAAUGAUACAUCUGGAAGAACUUCCGUCUCAGAAGUAAACUUAACUGUUUUGAACUUGCCGCCAAGGCAAGAUGUAGCAUUUGUUUUAUUUAAACUGGAUAAUGAACAUGGAAAUCCAUUUCAAAUAUGGAAGAAGAUGGGCUCUCCAAUGUUUCCCUCUGAUGAACAAUUUUAUACACUCCGUCUUCAUCAGGAACCCAUUAGAAGUCUAGGUCCAAGCAUAGUCUCUUCCAGCACAUUAAACCUUCAUCUAACCCUUCCUCUCCCAGGAGUAAGUUUGUUACAUGCUUGUGCAAAGACUGUCUCAGCCCCUCCAAAGGUUGAAGGAGUAAGACUCAUUUCUGUUUCUCCUUAUGAGGUUCUUGUGGUUUGGAAAGAUGUACCAUCAAGAUGCAUUACUACCUUUGAAGUCUUGUACUCAGCAAAAAGUCCUGGUGGACCUUUUAAACGAGUCAAUGAAGUUGAUAUUAUCUUCACAAGUUUUCAUCAUUUGAUGUCUCAAGAUGACAGAAAUAAUGUACAAGGCUGGUAUUCCAUUGUGGCUGUGGAUUACUGGGGAAGACACAGCCCAGGUUCAGUGCCAAUCACACAUAGCAAGAGAAAAGAAUGAUGUCAUAUUUACCAUUUGAAAGUAAAUGAAUUUUGGAGCCCAAAAAUUGUAUUGCUAUUCUUCUCAAAUACUUACCUUAAUACAAGUCUAUUUAGCUCUGAAACUUUGUAGUAAUCUUGUACAUUAUUUUUCAUGACUAGUGUGUCACUUGGUUGAACAAGCUCAAUACUGUUUUCAUUUAAAUAGUACCUCCAAAUAUUAAGUAAUUUGUGACAUUUGAGUGACAUGGGAACGAAUUAGUGAGAAUUAAUAUUACGAUGGCAUGUUGAAGCGGUUCAAGUGGGAUCAUGAAAGUUUUGGAUGACUUAAGCGUUUUGUGGGAAAAUUAAGUCAUUCUAGGUCAGUCAGUCUUAUGUUUCACCUCUUUCUAUUCUCUUAAUUGAUGUAAUUUUGUUUUCCAACUCUGUGAAAUAUCACUAUAUUCAUUGAUUUUUCUGUGUGAUUAGUAGUGAAGCCAGGUUAGUUACCUCUGCCAUGGGAUAUCAUGCUGCUUCAUUAGAUGAGGAAUACAUUCCACAUAUUUUUUGGCCACUUCUUAAGAGUUAUUCUUCAGUGGUUUUUUCAUACCUGGGCAUAGCACAGGUUCCUUUUGUAGAACCCUUCAGUUUCAGUGUAUGCAUUAAGAUUGUAUUAGGAUGUGUAUGCUACAAGACUGGCUGACUCAUCCCCAAUAAAUUUUCACACUGAAUAA